UCAUCGCGCUUGUCGGAUUACUGUCUUCCCUCCACACCUUCACACUCUCUCUCUGCAAAAAACCUCCCAUAAACCCUCUCUCCCUCUCUCUCUCUCUCUCUCAUCUUCAACCAAAGCAGCCAGAAAAUGCGAAUCUCCAUCCCCAUCUCUCCCUCCAAAUCCCCCCAAAUCUUCCCUUUCCACCACCACCACCGCCGGCGCCACCAAAUCCCCGACCUUCGCCGGCGUCCUCCCGCGCUCUCCCUCCCGGCGAGCGCCGUGAAUCCCCUCAAGAGCUCCGGCUACCUGUCCACGAUCCACCGGGCGAUGGAGGAGGAGGAGGAGUACCGGAAGGCCCGGGCCGAGGUCGCCCGCAAGGGCGUCGACGUCGAGGGGUUCUCCAUCGAGGGCGUCUCCGUCGGGGGCCACGAGACCUGCGUGAUCGUGCCCGAGUUCAAGUGCGCCUUCGACAUCGGCAGGUGCCCCACGAGGGCCAUUCACCAGAAUUUCGUCUUCAUCACCCACGCGCAUCUCGAUCACAUUGGUGGGUUGCCAAUGUAUGUCGCAUUCCGCGGUUUGUAUAAUUUGAAGCCUCCGACAGUGUUUGUUCCUCCAUGCAUUAAAGAAGAUGUGGAGAAACUACUUGACAUUCACAGGACCAUGAGCCAAGUGGAACUGAAUCUGGAUUUGGUUGCAUUAGAUGUGGGAGAAACGUAUGAAUUGAGAAAUAAUCUCGUUGUCCGGCCAUUCAAAACUAACCAUGUUCUUCCCAGUCAGGGUUAUGUCAUUUACUCUGUUAGGAAAAAACUAAAGAAACGGUACAUUCAUCUUAAAGGGAACCGAAUCGAGAACUUGAAGAAGUCUGGUGUUGAGAUUACAGACACCAUUUUGUCUCCAGAGGUGGCCUUUACCGGAGAUACAACAUCUGAUUACAUGCUUAAUCCACGCAGUGCAGAUGCAUUAAGGGCAAAAGUUCUGAUAACUGAGGCGACUUUUCUCGAUGAUAACAUAAGUAUAGAGCAUGCACAGCAACAUGGCCACACUCACUUAUUUGAGAUUAUUGAACACGCUCAAUGGAUUCGAAGUAAGGCAAUAUUGCUCACUCAUUUUUCUUCCCGUUACAAUGUCGAGGAUAUUAGACAAGCUGCGUCCAAGUUGCAAUCCAAGGUGUCAGCAAAAGUAGUUACCCUUACUGAAGGUUUCAAAUCGGCAUACUCUUAACUUCAUAUGCUUCUGUUUUGUAAAAUGUAGCUUGAUGAAAGGAAAGAAUAGACAUGUAAAUGUAAUUCUCUUCAUAAUUUUUAUUGCAUCUCACAGUAGAUGUCCUCUUGAGAGCACUGUACCAUAUUUUCCAGCAAAGGAAAUGUCAUGUGCAAUUUCUCUA